GAUGGAAUUGCUGUGAAAAGCGAAGAAACUUAAUUCUUUGAUUGUAAUUUCAUAAAUAGAUUUUUUGGUGUAUGAGAAAAUGAUAGAAUAUGACAAAAUGAACCAUCUGAAUGAAAUCUUGAUCAAUUUUUGGAGCAUAAGAAUUUGGAGUUAUCAACAAUUUGAUAAAAGUUCAAGAAUCUAAAGAUAUUCAGAACCAUUGAACUAAUAUCCCAGCUUGAGUACAGAUCAUUAUGUUAGAAAACUUUCAAGUGGAAAGUUGAUACAUGGCACAGGAUCUUGGAUGCAAUUAGGAAGUGCGGCCACUUAAUACCCCAAACUUAAAACAGGGCAUUUAGCGCAUACUGUUAUGUAGAUGUAUUUUUUCAUUGAUGCAAAGGUGCAGUUAAGAUACUGCAGCAAAUAAAAAAUGAUAUGUAUACGUCUUGUCAUGAAGAGAUAGUGAAGUGUUGAAGUGAUGUAAUAUCAUUUGUGCCAUCUCCUGUGAAUGUGGUGAAAAAGGAUUAGUUUGUACUAUUCAUGUGAAAUUCUGUUUUCUUCAUUAAAGGGGAAUGGAAAGUGCCAGAAAUGUUGUGUACAGUUAAAUGAAUUUUUUUCAUAAAAUGGAUUUAUUUAUUUAAAACUUAAAUGGCAAAUAUGAUCCAGGAAGUUGAGUUUAUAAGUUUUGGUAAAAGAACACCAGGAUGUACAAGAAGAAACAGUGAAUGUUUGUUACUAGAACCUUCAGAGAUGAUUGUUAUUGACUAUCCUGAUGUCCAGGUUAUGAAAAGUGGCCAUUCACGGCAAUCAUGUAACGAUCGUGUUAUAGAAUUUGACCACCAGGAAGGGACCAGACCUAUACGAAGGAUGAAUUCUGAUAGUGUUGUUGAACAGUUAUCUGCCGAUUAUGGAUUGCGUGAACAGUAUUUACGAAAUGAACAAUAUAUGAAAAGAUGUUCACGAGCAAGUGACACAUCUAGUGCUUAUUCAGGUUCUGAUAUGAUGCAGUCAUCCAUCGAUGACCAGGAAAAUGUGGAUAUGGAUAUUAGUGGAUUACCUGAGAGUAUGGUGGAUUCUGAUGAUGAGGAAGGAUAUGCUGAAUCCACAGGGUCACAGAGAGACACAGUACAAGAAUGUUUACAAAAACACCCCCAAGACAGAUCUGAUGAUGAUAUUGAAAUACUGCUAGACUUUAUACAACAUUUUAGAGCUUUUGCCAACAUGACCUUACCAACUAGACGAGCAUUGUGUGCUGUAAUGAUGCUAGCUGUCAUUGAACAUAAAGGUACCAUUGUGAUGAAGGACAAAGAGGAGCUGGACUCCUGGUCAGUCAUACUUAAUGGUCAAGUAGAAAUCCUGAAGGAAGAUGGGUCUGCUGAAUUUUUGUACAUGGGGGACAGCUUUGGUAUAACAAACCCAACCUUAGAUAAAAUAUUCCAUGAGGGGGUCAUGAGAACCAUUGUUGAUGAUUGUCAGUUUCUUAGCAUUGCUCAACAAGAUUACUAUGAAAUCAUGAACCAGGGCAAGGAAAACACAAAACGACAUGUGGAAGACGGGGAGGUUGUCAUGGUAACAGAACAUAGAGUGUUUGACGGAGGUAACAGACGAGGACAGAUUAUAAUUAGGGCGUCACCGGAUCACUUGAUGAACCAUCUGGUACAGGAACAUUCAGCUGUUGAUCCUACGUUUGUAGAAGACUUCCUACUUUGUUACAGAAUAUUUCUCAAAAGUCCCAUGGAAUUAGCUUACAGACUUCAAACAUGGUUCAACCAAACAACAUUACGAAAUAAGGUCACACGGGUUGUGUUAUUGUGGGUCAACAAUCAUUUUAUUGACUUUGAAACAGAUUCUGUUUUGAGUGAAUUUCUGGAGAGCUUUGAAGCUAUGCUAGAAACUCAGGGAAUGACAGGUCAACUCAGGUUACUGAAUAUCGCCUGUGGUGCUAAAGCUAGGACAAGAAGUGUGACAUUAACUCGUGCUACACGAGAAGAGGUGCUGCAUUUUUCUGUCCUGGGAGGUUUAGAGAGAGGAUGUGGUAUAUUCAUUUCUAAAGUUGAAAAGGGAUCCAAAGCUUAUGAGGCAGGCCUCAAAAGGGGUGACCAGGUAAUGGAAGUGAAUGGUCAGAAUUUUCAGAAUAUUACGCACAAUCGAGCAUUGGAAUUGUUACGAGGGACCACACAUUUGUCAAUGGCUAUCAAAUCUAAUUUGCCAGAUUUUAAGGAAAUGAUAGAAGUGACAGAACAAAAUAAACAAAAUAGACAAUCUACACAGAGUUCUUCAUCAUUAACAAAACGAUUAUCUGCUCCAGAUUUAGAUAAUAUGUCUCCAUUCAUUAAAUCAUCUAUGAAAGAUAAAAGCUUCGACAAAAAGGAUAAAUCUUGGUUCAAAACAGUUGGAAAGAAAGCGUUUAUUAAGAAAAUUGGAGGUUUCUUUCCAAGGAAUGCUAGUACUUCAAAUAUGGAAUUUGAAAACAUGAACAAAUCUGACGAGAGUUUAUAUUCGGCAUCAAUUCACAAUACAUCCAAAAGCUCAUCAUCAUCAUUGACCGUUCAGAUGCCUAAUCAUCUAAGUGCCAGUAAUCCUGAUUUGUCGUUACUUAGUGUUGACGAUCCAAAACCAGAGUAUCCUGACCAUGUUGUUAAAGUCUUCAGGGCCGAUCAGUCUUUCAAAUAUUUACCAAUACGCAAGGAUGUCACAGCAAGAGAAGUGGUAAUGUUAGCUUUACAAGAAUUUGGUGUUACAGAUCCUAGCAGUAACUUUGCUCUAUGUGAAGUGACUGUAGAAAAUGAGAGUCUGAUUAAACAGAAGCGUUUACCAGAUCAAAUGUGUAAUUUACCUGAUCGUCAGAAUCUCAAUGGCAGGCGCACUGUUCCAUGUGUACUCAGGUAUUACUUAAAGAAUAAUUUGAACACGGAGACACUGGUACCCGAUGAGCUGAGGUCAGAACUGAUCAGAGAGGCACAGAUAAGUCUACUACAGUUGAACACGACAGAAGUGGCAUCACAGUUGACGUUGGAAGAUUUCAAAGUGUUUAAAGAUAUAGAACCAACGGAGUAUAUUGAUGACCUGUUCAAGCUCAAUGCAAAAUAUGGAACCCCAAGCUUAAACAAGUUUUCAGAGUUGGUGAACCGAGAGAUGUUCUGGGUGAUAUCGGAAGUCUGUGGAGAAUUGAAUCUAGUCAAGAGAAUGAAACUCAUCAAACAUUUUAUUAAAAUGGCUCGUCAUUGUAAAGAUUGUAAAAACUUUAAUUCUUUGUUCGCUAUCAUAAGUGGAUUAAGUCAUAACUGUGUGGACAGGCUACGCAAUACCUGGGAAAAAGUGCCAAAUAAAUAUGCCAAAACAUACAACGAUUUAAGAGACUUAAUGGAUCCCUCCAGGAACAUGUCUAAAUACAGGAAUCUCAUGAAUAAUGAAAACGUUCAACCUCCAAUGCUGCCUUUCUUCCCCAUUGCAAAGAAAGAUUUGACAUUUAUACAUCUAGGGAAUGAUUCCUAUGUAGAUGGUUUAGUCAACUUUGAAAAGUUCCGUUUAAUAGCAAGAGAAACAAGACAUAUAUGCAACAUGGCUUCCGCAAAAUAUGAUGUGAGUACAAUGUUCUUGGGUACGCCCAGUCAUGACGAAAGUACCUGGAUCUCUGGUAUAGCCACUAUGAAGAGAAUGAGGGCACGGCGUGGUUCUACGUUACCUAAUGCAAAAAAGAUGUAUGAGGAAAACGAGAUGAAACGACGUGUGAAGUCAUAUCUAUGUAAUCUAAAAGUGAUAGACAAUGAAGAAAAACUUAUGGAAAUGUCUCAUCAGUGUGAAAUUCCUGUAAAGAAAGAUCACACAUUACAUGCAUUAAGCAGCAGUGUUUCAACACCAAAUUUAACUGAAGAAAAGAAAGUUAUAGUCCCAAGUGGUCCCAGAUUUGGUGCUGAGUCUCCCGAAGCCAUACGAAAACUCAUGGGUUUGUCUGAUAAAGUCCGACCCCACACAUCUAAGCAUACACAUCAUCAUCCCCCAACCAAUCUCACUAGUCCAAUGUCAAAUCGACGGCAGCAACAUUCACCGAGACACACUCGACCAGUUCAUCUUACUCCUGAGAGUUCAUCUGUGAUAUCUCUGAGCCAUAUCAGCUCAAGACACAAACCUGUUCGGACUGGAUCCCUUGGUUCAACAGAAUCUGCAAGUCCCACAGGUAGUAGCCAUAGUUGUCCUCCCACAUACGAGAGUGAUUCUGGGCGGAACAGUUACGACUCCCAAAGCGUACAUUCGGCAGGAUCAGGAGGAACUAUAUCUCCUCAUCAUAGAUUUGUACCUCCUCAGACCGCGACAUCUCAAUCUCAACAACAGUCUCCACCUGUAGCACAGCCACAGGUGCGGCCACCCCUGCCGCCAUACCAUGUGGUUAUGCAAAACUCGCCAGCAUAUAGCAACUAUAUACACCAAACGUACACUAAUGUACGGCGACCUCCUUUGCCUGACUACCAUUCUGCAACUCAAAUGGCUCAGCUUGCCCGCAAGAAGCAAUUGUACAAGAAUGAUCGGGCCCGAUCGCAUGAUGGGGGCAUGGGAUACUACAACGGGUCAGCUAAAUACAGCCGAGCACCAGAGGAUCAUGAUGAAGAAGAACAAGUAUCAGCUGUAUGAACAUUUAAUGGUGCAAUUCCUCAUUUAAAUCUGUGAUAGUCCUGCUUGGUUCCUUGCCAUCAAGGGGACACAACUAUGAGAUGUCAGCUUGAUUGAUCAUAAUCAAGGGGAGGCAACUCUAAAAAGAUGUUAUUCAAGUAUUAUUAUGUGUGAAUCUCAAGGAAAAUAAACAAAUCUCAAUUGAGAGUUAAAUGAAUGUGACAAUAAUUAUUAUUAGAUGAAUAACAGUUAUGUGGAGAUUAGAGUAUAAUAUAUUUUAUCUUAGAAAAUGGGAGAUAGAGUUUUAGAAUGAUUGUGCUGUUAACCAUUGAACCAUAGUGCUACUAUUGACAACACUUAAGUGCCAUGAUUUGUUUCAUGUGACAUUGAGAUUUUAUUAGUUAUUCUUUCAAUUAUUUGUUAGAAUGAUCCCUCUCAGUGAGAAACACCAUUCUCACUUUUGUUUGCAAGAUCAUGUUUUAUAUGAGCUUCCAAUUAGUUAUUUUAUGCCAAAGACACAAAACCCUCGUAUUUAUGUUCACAGUGUUGUUUUCUCAACACAUGGAGAUCCUUGUGUUUGUUAGCUGUUUAGUAGUGUUUAGAGUGCGUGUAAGACAUAUGAGUGUGUUUAAGACAUGUAAGUGAGUGCAAGACAUUUGAGUGUGUGAAAGACAUAUGAGUGUGUGUAAGACUGUUAUUUAGUAGAGAUAAAAAGUAGUAUUUCUGAACUUCUUAAUUGUAAAGAAAGAGCUUUAUAAUGGGAAAAAUUGUUGAUUUGUAAAAUUAUGGGAAAAGGAGCAAUAUUUAUGUCAUCUGUACCAUGCUAUGUUGAAUUUAUAUAAAAAUAUCAGGAUGUUAGUACAGAAUUUAUUAUACAAUUCAUAUAUUUGGGAUUUUAUGAUUUCAUCGGCAAAUGUUAGAAGUAACAUACAAUCUAAAAUAUAUUUGGGGUAAACUUUUUACAUUGGAUGCUGCCUUGUAUUUCCAUUCAUUCAGUAGACCAUGAAUUUAACAUUAUGACAAAGACAUCAGUGAACUUUACUGUAUGCAUCCAAAUGUCAACUUAACAUGGUUAAAUAUUUAAUAUAUUCUAUAUUCUGAAAUCCAAAUACAGUAUUUGAUGUCUUAUACUUUUGUAUUAUUAGUUAGGCAUUUUCACUUUUUAUAAGGCAGUUUAUGUCAAAGUAUGCCACUUUUUAAACAUACAUUUCAUCUCUGAAACAUGUGUUGGAGGGGAAGACUUUCUGGAUAGGAUUGCCACUGGAUGUUAAGCAACCAACAAUCAAUCAAUCCUUGAUAGGAACUCUGUUUAACAUUUAGUACAAAUUAAAUCUUCUAUUAAUGGUUGGACUAAAUGUUUGUCUCUUAGCCUGUAGUUUUAUGAUCACUUCUUAUUUAAUUACACAAUACACUAAUCAGACAACACAGAACUGUAAUCCAGAACAGAUUUUUUUAUUUUUUUUGUUUUUUAUUUGGAAGAAUGUGUUUUGUGAUGAUUUGAAUGAAUGUUACAAUCAAGUUAAAAGACUAUUUAACAGAAUGUGUAAUUGGUAGGCAGCAGAAGUAAAAUGUAUGUACCUUAUGUGUAAAUACUGUGUUCUCCCCAGGCAGUGAAUGUGCUGCAGAUCCAGGGCUACUGCAUUUAACCAGUGUUAUCUUAUUAGACUCUAAACAAACUAAUUUUCGAGAGUGGAAAAAUGAGGCGAAUAUCGAUCGUCGCAAAUAUUAGUAUUCCCUCAUAUAUUUAUAGCAGGAUAAUGUGAAAAUUGAGAAAAUAGAUUGUUGGGUAGUUGAAUAGAAAGGACUAAAUGCGAAGUUCAAUAUCAGUGAAGGAAUCAUUAUUUUUUCAGUUUUGCGUUUCCUGCACUUACCUGUUUGCUUUCUGUUCUCUUAUCUACUGGUUCUAGUUGUGGAAUGUGUACAGGGGGGACCAAUUCAAUAAAAAGAUAAUGAAAUAACCUCCUUGCCAGAAAGAUUCAAAUUUAUUUUAAGUUUCUUACUUGAUAGAAUUUUUAAAAAAUGCAGAAACUUUGGACUUUUAUUGGUUUGUGAGUGAAUUGUUUACACAUCAAUAACCUCUACAAAAAAUGAUCCUAUAAUACUAUAUUAAAUGAAACUUCAGCUGAUACAAACUUCUAUUAUUUCAUCAGGAAUUUGUAAUUAUUUUUUUUAAUAUAUUUAAAAUAAACAAUAUCUCAUCAAAGACAUAAGAUAAUGUUAGGACAUAAAAGUUAAAUCAGUCGAAUAUUGCAUGCUUAUUACAGCACUAAAAAAGAUCCUGGGGAGAACACUGAAUUAUAUAUAUAUAUAUAUGCAGACAAAAAGUUUGUAUGCCAUUAACCCCUCAGAUAUAUUAACUUAAUACUAUAUGAAGAACUAACCCCUAUAUAUAUAGAUAUUAAGUAUUGAUGUUAUUAUAAAACAAUUUUUUUUACUUUGACCCUUCGAGUGAAACAAAUACAGAGAAAAAAUGGUCAUACAUGUUAAGAAUUUGUUCCAAAAAUAUAGGUUGAAAAAAAGAUAUACAAAUUUUGCAACAUUCCCAAAUAAACUUAAUGUCAAAUUUAUGUAUAAUUCACAGAUAUACUCAUUUAAGGUAGCACAAUACAAAGAUUUUUUUACUUCCAAUCUCCAACCUUUAAAAUGAUGUUACUUUCUUAUGACUGCAUACAAAUUAAUAAAAAAGGUAUAUAUAGAUAGAUAAAAGAUUAGUCUUUUAAAUGAAUGCAAUAUUUUUGUUAUGCAAUCAUUAUGUAAUCCAUCAUUAUGCAAUUAAUGGCAAAAUCUUGGUCAGUUCACUUGAAUGAAUUUAGCUCUGACAUCUCUAUAACUACACAAGAAAUUUUAACGUUAUCUUAAUCAACACAGCAGGAGCUACAAAAGGGUGUCUCAAAUUAUCGCUAUCAUAUUCCAUUCUCUCAUAAAUCUGUAAUUAGUGUAAACAUCCUUACCACAUAAAAGUAGAGAUUAUUUGAUUAGGUGUAAAAUUUGAUCUAUACAUUCUAUCCAAAAUCUGAGACACCCUUUUGUAGAUAAUGGCUCUAGGAACAACAUAUUAUAAAAUCAACCCUCUCGGGGUAUCCAUGAAGAAGCUAAUUUCAAUUGAAAGUGGAAAUUUCUUGUAAAAUUUUGUAGACACAGUUAAAAUUAUAAUUAAUUACAUAAUUGUUGUAUAAUACUAACAUUGCAUUAAUUUGAAAGAGUAAUCUGUUAGCUAUCUAUAAAUACCACUUUUAUAAAUUUUCAAGCAUUAUAAAGAAAGUUACAGCAUUUUAAAACUGGGGAGUUGGAGGUAUAAAAUCUUUGUAUUGUGCUACCUUAACAGUUCAGCCAAAGUUAAAGCAAACUAUUUUUAUAAUAAUUCUCUGAUCAUUGAAUUUUUGUCUGUUAGUAAAGAUAUGAUAGAAUUAUGGUAACUAUGAUUUUUUACCAGUUGUAAAAAGGAUGAUACUUGAAAAUCUACAGUAUGAUAAAUAAGAGGGGUGGGGGAUAAUGUAUGGGAUAGGUGCAGUAACAUGAUAUGUAUGUGACACAUGUCAAAAUGCCUCAUUUAAUCAUUGUUUGCAUCUCAUUUUUUGUAACAAACAUUGAAUUUUUUUUUUUUUUUUACAUAUUGAUUUUGCAGUUUAUAGUUUAUAGUUGAAGAUUAAAAUUAUUGGUGAUUUUUUUUUUUGGAUGGGGGAUGAUGCUGUUAGUCUGUAAGGGAAUGAAUGAUGUUAUUUUAGAAAAUAAAGGUUAAUUCAUUUUACAGAAUGAAAAGGUCUUAAUUAUUUCAGGUUUUGCAACGUAUAAGAUUUUACAGUUUAUACUUACGUUAAGACUUAACAUACAUCAUGUUAUAUUUUGAAAUACAAUACCAAUGGAAUAAAUUCAGCAAAUGAAGGCUUCAUGUCAAACGUUGUAAUGUACAGGGUUGUUUUGGAUUUUUUUUGAAACAGGUAUUGAAUAUUUAGGAAAAUUAGAAAUAUGUAAGUAACUGUAUUGCCAAAAAGAUUUUUUUUUUCUUGUUUUUACAUGGGUUUCCAAAGUUAGGUCAUUAUUUGUUAAGUUGCCAUGGUUAAAAACUUGAUGCUGUUCAUUACAUGUAAUGUUGGCAUGGUAACAAGCCUGAUGCUGAAGGGAUUACAUAUAAAGUUUACAUGGUUACAACCCUGAUGUUGUUCAUAAACAUUUUAAGUUGCUAUGGUUAAAAGCCUGAUGCUGUUAUUACAUAUUUAGCUGACAUGGUUACAAGCCUGAUUUCCAUUACUUGUAAAGUUCCAAUGGUUAAAAGCCUAAUGGUGUUCAUUACAAAUUUAGUUGAAAUGGUUACAAGUCUAAUUUUCAUUACAUUGUCUAGUCAUUAAAUGCUCAUUAAUUAUGGCACAUCAUUGUUUAUUUUUGUGUAAAUAUUGUUGAAAAUGAUAAUAUGUCAAUAAAUUAUAAAACACUUAA